UGGGGGGACCUGAAAAUGGCGUUUCUCUUGAGACCCAUCUUCUCUCUCCUCCUCCUCCUCCUCUCCUCGCAUGGCUUCCCCUCCGUCGCGUUCGCUUCUGGAUCGGCGGCCACCCAAGAAGGAGGAGGAGGAGGAGGAGGAGAAGAUUUCUCGGAGGAGCUGCUGCUGAAGCCGCUGCCCGAUCGCAGGGUGCUGGCCCACUUCCACUUCGAGACCCGAGCUCCCGAAGCUCCCUCCUACGGCCGCCACCACCGCCUCUUCCCCAAAGCCAUCGCUCAGCUCGUCAAGAAAUUCCACAUUAAAGAAAUGGAGUUGUCUUUUACACAAGGUCGGUGGAAUUAUGAAAGUUGGGGUGGAUUUGAACCAAUAGCAAGCAGCAAUGCGAAGCCACCUGGGGUUGAAUUAUGGGCUGUCUUUGAUGUCCCUCCAAAUGAUGUUGAUGCUUCCUGGAAGAAUUUAACCCAUAGUCUUUCAGGACUUUUCUGUGCGUCCAUCAACUUUCUUGAAUCUUCAACAGCGUAUGCCGCGCCUAAAUGGAGCUUCAGGCCUGCUCCAGGAAGCCUGAGGUAUGGCACACUUCCUCGUGAGGCUGUUUGUACUGAAAACUUAACUCCAUGGUUAAAGCUCCUUCCUUGCCGUGAUAAAGCUGGAAUAUCUUUGUUGAUGGACAGACCAUCUAUCUAUAGAGGAUUUUAUCAUUCUCAAAGGUUGAGAUUGAGGUCAGUUAAGACUAGUUCUGAUGGAACUCACUCAAGCAUCAUACUUGAACAGACUCUUACAGUUGUUCUUCAUCCUAACAUUCAGAAAAAGAGUACAAUGAACUCUAAGGAAACUAAAUUACAACCGAGCUGGUCUAUGAGUUCACUUUUUGGGAGGAAAAUCAGUGGGACGUGUGUUCUUGCCAAGUCUUCUAAUGUUUAUCUCCAACUUGAUUGGGGUCUGGUGAGAGAACUAAAACAUCUGCAAGAAGGAAAUCAGGAACUUGGGGUUGAAAGUAUAAUGGAAGAAAGGCUUCUCAGUAAUCCUGCCUUUGCAUUAUCUGAUGAGCCAGAUAAGGUCAUUAAUGAAGUUGAUUCACAUAGUGAAGGGUCAGCAAUUUUGUAUGAAUUUUCAGUCAGGAAGCACAGUGAUUUAGGACCUUUUGAUCUUGGCUUUACUUGGAAGACUCCAUUAAUCUGGUCAUGCCCACAACUGCCUUUACGUGUCAGUCGAUUCUUAAUGGGAAGUGGGAAUGAAAGAGGUGCUAUUGCUAUCUCCUUGAGAUCAACGAGAGCGGGGGAGGGAUUAACAAAUGCCAAAUCCAUGGGAGAGAGUUGUAAAGUGGAUGUAAAUGUUUUCCAAGUUGUGCCUUGGUAUAUCAAGGUCUACUAUCAUACAAUGAAAGUGUUUGUGGAUGGAAAGCCUAUAGCGGUUUCAGAUAUCAUUGAGAAGAUACAUGUUUCACCCUCAGAAGACAAAGUAUCUCCAGGGGUGUUGGAGAUGAUUCUGAAAUUGCCCUGUGGUGUAGACUCUGCUGCUUUCACUUUGGAGUUUGACAAGGGAUUUCUGCACAUUGAUGAAUAUCCUCCAGAUGCUAAUCAGGGAUUUGACAUCCCCCCAGCUGUAAUAACAUUUCCUAACUUUCACGUGAAAAUGCAUUUUGAUGAAGAUAACACAUCAAACAGGUCGGCGGUAUUGUCUAGGUUUCAGGACAGCAUUCCUGUUCGAUCUUACACAGAAGUAUUGCUAGUUCCUCUGACAACUCCUGAUUUCAGCAUGCCUUACAAUGUGAUCACUAUUACAUGCACCGUAUUUGCAUUAUAUUUUGGGUCUCUGCUUAACGUGCUUCGUAGACGUGUCGAUGAGGAGGAAAGAUUUCUCAAAAGCAAAGACAAGAGGUCCAGUCCACUGUCUCGUCUGCUUUAUAAGCUGUCUGCCAAGCUUGGAAGAAAACCAGUGGUAACGUCCCAGUCAUCAGCGAGGUCAUCAUCUUUUAUUAGUUUAAAACUCAUACUAAAAAUCAUAUUGGUGGCUGGGAUUGCAAUUGCUUGGCAAUGCUUCUCCGAAUGACAUCGCAUGGAGUAAGUUAGAUAGGGUUUUUGUACACUAUGUGCCAAAAGAUACAAUACCUGAGGUUAAAAGAAUUUCUGAACUUUUGCAUUUGUUAACAUGUACUGUAUAGAUGAGAUUUUGCACAUUUUUGUUCUAAUGAGAAAUUGACACGGAUUGACGGUUCAGGUA